AUGGGCUGGCAAUUUCGCGGGCUUUUCACAUCAAAGCUCUCAAAAAGUGAUAUAUCUAUUAGAAUUUUGUUUCAAAUGUUUCCAGAAGGAUCACCUAAUGACAGCGUUCAAAAAUAUAUCCCCAGUGUAAUAACAUACUCCCCUGAAUCCCUAGCCAAAAUUCCGGCCAUUAAACUUCCAGAUUAUUUCGAUUUACAACCUAAAUCAAGGCGAUCUAAGAAAGAAAGGUCAAGCAGAGAAAAGAUACUUCCUCCAGAGUUAGAAGAUAAUUCGAUGAGCUCUAAUGCUUAUUACAGGCAACAAUUAGCCAACUCAAAUCUGGUUUUCUCCCCGCGCAAACUCGGAUUUCUUCCUGCCAACUAUUGGAUUGCUGAAGAGAAUACCUUUGGAUCUUUAGUAACUCAAUUUUUCCAAAAAAAGAAUAACUCGAAUUGCAGAUUCCCACAUAAGCUAUACAACGGCCUGGUGUUGGUUGAAGCUAAUCCAGAAAUGUAUCCUCUUGUUGGCUUGAAAUGGAUUACAGAUACGGUUUUCAAGGUAGAUAAGUACAUUUUUGGAAGAUUACUCGGGAUCACUUCCAUAAACGGUGGCCUUGUUCACAGCCAGGGUAACUUCCCAUCACAUGGAUUUAAAGAACUCAACAAUGAAGAAGUCAUGGCACUUAAAAUGAAGUAUUCGCUUAAAGAUGUCGAUAUGGAUAGAGUUUUACUUAUGAAACAAUCAAGCGGUAUGUUUUCAAAGAAUUGCAAAGAAGAAACUCUUGCUCAGUGUAAGUGGACUGACUGA